CGUUCCAUUUCGGCGGUUCGGUUCGGACUAAACGAGGUUGUGAUCAGAGUGAGAGUCCUCUCCUCUCCAGCAACUCAACACUCCAACCUUAACCUUCAAGUUCUCGAAAUCCAUGGAUAUGGAAAUCGAUGCCUCGAAAGAUCUUCGUCUAAUCAAAGAUGAAGAUCUUUUCAAAGCCGCAGAGACCGGCGAUUCUUCCGCUUUCGCUGCCCUUGCACCACACCAGCUUUCUCAAUCUCUCUCCCUGAGAAAUGAGGAUGGCCGCUCUCUUCUCCAUGUUGCUGUCUCUUCAGGCCACGCCGAUGUGGUAAAGAUACUAGCUACUGCUGAUCAGUCUACAAAAUUAAUUAACUGUGCCGAUGAGGAAGGUUGGGCACCGAUUCAUUCUGCUGCUAGCAUUGGGAGGUCUGAUAUUUUAGAUAUCUUGCUAAGCGGAGGAGCCGAUGUAAAUUUGAAAAAUAAUGGUGGUCGCACUGCUCUUCAUUAUGCUUCGAGCAAAGGGUGGUUGAAGAUUGCUGAAACUCUUAUCUCACAUGGAGCCAAAAUUAAUCCAAAAGACAAGGUGGGCUGCACGCCGUUGCAUCGAGCAGCUAGCACUGGGAACUCAGAAUUGUGUGAGCUUCUGAUCGAGGAAGGAGCAGAAGUUGAUGCAACUGAUAAAGCUGGUCAAACACCUCUUAUGAACGCAGUAAUUUGCGAAAACAAAGAGGUUGCUCUUCUUCUAAUAAGACAUGGAGCGGACGUGGAUGUGGAAGACAGGGAAGGUUACACUGUGCGUGGUAGAGCUUCAAGCGACUUCAGGCCUACCCUGAUUGACGCUGCCCAAACAAUGCUUGAAGGAUGAUGAAAACGACGUCGUUGUUAAAAGCUGUACCAAGGGUUCCCUGUAUUCACUCCUCUAGUUAAUGAGAAAAGAAGGUUUCCAGUUUGGGUUCGAAUGCCAAAACCUGGUGUUCUUCAUUUUCCCUUUUUUAUUAUUAUUAUUAUUAUUAUUAUUAUUAUUAUUUUUAA